CAUGAGCUGCUGAACAGAAGAAUUUUUUCAAUUUUUGGGAGACCUGCCUGUUUCAUACGCACAGACUGACAUCAGUCUUUUUUCGGUAAAUUCCUCUUCAUUCCUCUUCCUUCUUACAUCGCAGCCCUUUUUCAGGAGAUCAGACAUCAUUUGUGCUGAAUAUCAAGAAUGCUAUGCGGAAACUUGUUCUGAAAAAUAACAUCGUUCAUACAGAAAGAUUUCCCCUCGCUAAUCCAUGUCCCAGAUAAACGGAUUUUGACUGAGCUACUGCUCUGACGUUUUCACAAGUCUGUUCAAAGCAUAUCACAUUUAUGCCGUAUAUUUACCAUUUAAUAAUCCCAUAUCACAUCUGAUGGCGAAAACUGAUAUAAACGUACCAUAUAAACUCCCAGAAGUGAUUGAAUAGCCCCAAAAUGAGCUGUAUCACAAUUUAUAGUACUCUGUGCUGUUGUAUCGCAAAUUCUGUUGUGGAUAUUAUUAUACCUUAAACUUGUACAAUAUUAUUAAAUAUAAAUUGUAUUUAUUUAUUUUUUUUGGCUUUAUUAGACAGUGUGGAGAGGCAGACAGGAAAGUAGGGAGAAGAAUGGAGGGAAGACCUGCAGCAAAGGGCCAUGAGCUGGAAUCAAACCCAGGCUGCUGCCUCGGGGACUACAGCCCCUGUUUAUGGGUGCCCUGCUCAACUAGUUGAGUUACCUGGGCACCCACAAAUGGUAUUUUUGUUGUUGUUGCUAGUACUAUGGCCCUAUAGAUGUUGCUCUGUUGAUCAAAAAUAACUAAAAUCUCUACUGUUCAAAAGUUUGGGCUCACCCGUGGCAAUUUCAUGUUUUCCAUGAAAACUCACUGUUUUUCAACAUAAUCAGUUCCAUGCCUACAUGUUCCCAUAUGGACUGUACAUACAAUACCAUUCAAAAGUUUGGACAAUGUCAUUUUUUCCAUGAAAACUCACACUUUUAUUCAUGUGUUAACAUAACUGCACAAGGGUUUUCUAAUCAUCAAUGAGUCUUUCAACACCACUGACUAACACAAUGUAGCAUUAGAACACAGGAGUGAUGGUUGCUGGAAAUGUUCCUCUGUACCCCUAUGGAGAUAUUCCAUUAAAAAUCAGCUGUUUCCAGCUAGAAUAGUCAUUUACCACAAUUAACAAUGUCUAGAUUGGAUUUCUGAUUAAUAUCAUCCCUGUAAAAAAUGCUUUUCUCUCAAAAAUAAGGACAUUACUAAAUGACCACAAACUUUUGAACAGUGGUGUAUAUCCUCCAGGGAUGAGUCUAACUUACUCUGUUGAUUCCUUGACAUUUCCUUAGGUGCUAUCAUGAUGUUCUUAUUUGGUGCUUAGUGAGACAUCUCUACAACUAAUGGAUGGAUUGCCAGGAAAUUUUGUAAAAACAUUAAUGGUCCCCAGAAGAAGAAUCCUCAUGGUUUUGGUGUGCUAAAUGACACUAAAAUGUUACUCAUUCUGUCUCACCAUCUACUGAAAUGUCUGACACAAUUCUAUAUAUUGAUCUUCAUUGUUAGCACAACAAUGUAUCCUAAUGAUCCUCUGACUUUUCCCCCAUUUCCAAAAUGACCUUGAUUUUUGGUUUGAGGAUUUGAAUUAUGGUUCUCACAUUCAUGCUCUCUAGAGAUAAAUUUUAAGCUUUUUGGUGAUGUUAACUGAAAACUUGACAAGCCUCAGCUCUACUUUGCUCUUUGUUUGGGAACACUUCACUUGAAGAGGUGUGCAUAAGAUUGACAUGACGCUGUCACAGCUCUGACAACAGCUGUCAUGAACUUAAAGGAAUCUUAAUGAAUAUUUAUGACUGGUGCCAUUAAGUGUCAUUCGUUGAAUUAUGUCAUUUUUAAGACAAAGUAGAGAAUUGUUUGAGAUGUGUUAGCUGUGACAACUUGACAUUUAAGAUUUUGAGCACUAAUAUAGCAGUAAACAACAAUUUUUCUAUGGAAAGAUACAGUGGGGAAAUGACAUCCUUAGAAAGAGAAUAAAGCCACACUCCUUCUGUGUGUUUUGUAAUCUGAGUUUGUCUUUUCGAGAUUUUUGCAGCCGGUCUGUUUGUUAGUGCAUGUGAGUCCCUCCCUUUGAAACAGUUGGCCUUCACUGCAUACCAUGUCACCCAUACUGCACAACGUGCAGUCCAGUGUGCAGCUGGUGGCAACAAAACCAAAGAAUUACUAUAAAUUUUUUGAGUAUAUUUUUAUGUUAUUUAUAGGGAUCGGACUUUAAUGUGUUCAUUUAGAUUAAUUAAUUACAGAAAAAAUAACGCGUUAAAAAAAUAACUCAUUCAAUUGCACCUUUCUCAGUUCCCUAAUUUGUGGCACACUGGUAACACUGAUGCACUCCCCAGCCCGGUAGGUGACGGUAAUGAACCUAAAGUCUGUUUGCCAGCCGCGAAAAUGAUACACAGGUAGCAUUGUAGUGGGCCACUAGCUGGUAACAUGACAUGUCCUCAUUUUAGUUAAAUGAUGGCUAGUUUAGACGUUUAACAAAUAUUUUGCCAUGUGUCAGACCUCCGCUGCCUGCACUGAAUUUACAUAAAAUAGAAGUCAAGUCUACCUUAUGGAAAUGAACUCUGGGAAGACACGCUGGAAUGCAGCUCGAAAUGCGCAGCAACGCAACCAGCAUGCAAUGUGGGUCGUUUCACAUAGAUAAUGAAUGGGUGCGAGAAAUUGAUGAUCCAGUGGACCCAUUAACCACGACAGUUCUGGUACCGGCAAACGGUGUAGCCAACCCAUAAUAGACCACUUUUCAAGACACUGAAAGUGCUUGAGUUUACAAAAAAUCAAGUGUCUUAAAAUGUUGAACAUAAUCGCUACAAUCACACUUUGAGUUUGCAGUAAUCUGUGAAUAUAGUAGACAGACAAAAAAUGCAUAUAAAUAGAAAUGAAACAAACAUUUUUGUGGUUUACAUUCACGUAUAUGUCUCUUCAUCAAUUCAGUCGUUAACCAAAAUUUAUUUGAAUUGAACAACUUAUUGUGUCAAAUAUUGCUAUUUGACAAUAAUGCAAUUAGUCGCAAUUAAUUCAUUACAAAGCCUCGACUUAAUUAGAUGCAUUUUUUAAAUCGUGUCCCAUCACUAGUUAUUUACCAAAUUUAUGUCCUCACACUGCUCAGUGUGAGAAUUGCAACUGCUGUUUUGAUGCUCUUCCAUGCUGUCAUCUGCUAUGUUUUACCGUGUUCGUCUCCUUUUUUUGUGUGUAUAUUGGUGAUACCUGUUACGGACAUUCAAUGUAUUUAACAGUAAUUGUGUGGAGUAACGGUUGAAGCAGGAUUAUUUUUGUGUUGUUUCUUGUGCACACAACCUUUCUGGAGAUAAAUGAAGCAUUAAGAGAGGAUGGAUGUUCGACCAUGUUGUUUUAGUCUGAGAUGCUGUUGCUGUAGCAUGACAUUCAGUGAUUCUGAAUGCACCUUUAACCAAAACAAUGUCAUUUUUAUUCAGUCAUGUCAUGUCAUGUCAUGUCAUACCAGUCUUUCGUGCAUCCUUUCACGUAUAGUUGCAUAUUAGUACUAGUAGCACAUGUUAGUAUGCUAACCAGCUAUACAAAAAUGAUUGUCCGGGGAAUGUUCUACCUGCUUAACAUCAGCAUUUUAAUAUUGCAGGCAUAUUAGCAUGCUAAUAUUUGCAUUUAGCUCAAAGCACCACUGCGCCUAUGUAAAGUCCAAGAGUCACUAGUUCCAAUUUUUUGAGCUGCAAUUCAUUGACAAUGACUCAGAAAUGUUUCUAACUGUGGAAAGGUACAAAUAGUCUGCUUAUAAGUCUGAUCUCAAGUCAUCGUGGCUUGCUGAAACCAAAAAUUCCAGUAAAUUGAAAGUUUCAGAAAAACAUGUAAUGUACUCUACUGUUCAAAAGUUUGGGGUCACUUAGAAAUGUCUUUAUUUUUGAAAGAAAAGCAUUUUUUAAUUUAAGAUAAUAUUAAACAGAAAUACAGUCUAGACAUAGUUAAUCGUGGUAAAUGACUAUUCUAGCUGGAAACAGCUGAUUUUUAAUGGAAUAUCUCCAUAGGGGUACAGAGGAACAUUUCCAGCAACCAUCACUCCUGUGUUCUAAUGCUACAUUGUGUUAGCUAAUGGUGUUGAAAGGCCAAUUGAUGAUUAGAAAACCCUCGUGCAGUUAUGUUAGCACAUGAAUAAAAGUGUGAGUUUUCAUGCAAAAAAUGACAUUGUCCAAACUUUUGAAUGGUAUUGUAUGUACAGUCCAUAUGGGAACAUGUAGGCAUGGAACUGAUUAUGUUGAAAAACAGUUAAAAUGGCAAUAAUGUAUGAAUGCCAUGUGUUCUUUGUACAGCAUUUUUGGUGCCACAUGUUUUUGCUUAUUGCUGUGUGGACACAGUCUGUACAGAUGGACCAGGGUAUCUGUUAACAUCUUUAUAGCCUCUUUUACAGCUCCUCUGAGGGACCAGAGCUAGACCUCAUAAACUCUGCAUGAGCCUGUACAGAGUCAUGACCCUUGGGACCCUUGUGUGUUUGUGUGUGUGUCUGUGUGUAUGUUCGUUCACAAAUGUGUAUAAAAGAAAAAAAAAUCAAUCAGACAUCAAUACUUUCUCAUCCCUCUUCUUACAACACAUGGAGACAAUCACGUAUGGGAGUUCGGCUUCCAUCAUGUGGCAUCGCAGCUCCAGUUUGUGCUGCUGGUUGGAGGCGAGUGGGUUAGGGAUUUGUGAGCUGGUGCGACUGUGUUGUUUUGAAGAAAAACUCUGCCAAAUGUUCUGAUAAAAAAAAAAAAAACACAAAAACAGCUCCGCCAGAAACAGCUCUGUGUCCCUGAAUGAUUAUCCAACAACAACAUUAAUGAAAAACCACAUGGAACAUACUGGCUCAGUUCAAAAUAGAUGUGACCGGAGAGAGUGGGAAUGCUGGAAACCUGUGAAACCUUUUCUUCUCACAACUUGUUAGAAAGGAUGGACAUCUUGUUGCUAUCAGCUGUGGGCUAGUGUUAGCAGUUUUAGUGAACUCCCACCCUCAGCAAGAUGUGACACUAAAUAUAGCCUCAUCUCACCUCUCUCAAGGGUCCCCUCAGCAUAUGGGGCCCCCUUUUCUUGCAGCAUCCCACACAGGCAGCAUCUGCAAUAAUGAUCUGAGAACUAACGCUAAGACUGGACUCUGUCAAACAGGCCAGAGCACUCUCAGAUUUAUUUCUUGACCAGUAGAGAGGAAGCAGGGAGGGGGACAAAACUGACCUCCCACCUUUUAACCCCAAGAGCCUGAUUUUCCACAGAGGGCUGUUGGUUUGUGGUGGUUAUCUUCUCAGGGUCCGGUCAGUGAGGGAGACCCCCGCUAUCAAAUAAACACAUAGCACAUUUAUCAGCAAAAAAUAUAAACACAACAGUUACGGAGGCUAUUUAGUGGUGUUUGUGAAUAUAUGUUUACUUAUGCACAUUUUCCGCCUCUGUUUGUGCAGGUCAGUACAUGCACAGUUUCCUUUUUUCUCAUGCAUUUGAAUUAAGUCAGAUGUUGGCAAUUCGGUCCAUCCAACAAAAACAUACUGAACAUAAUGCAAACUUGUAUUAUAUCUGUUUGGCAGAUUUCCUGAUAUCUCAGCUGCAUAACUUCCGCUGUUACAUAAUGAUUAUAUUUUCUUUAAUGAGUGCCGGGGAAAGAAAAAGAGACCUUUGACAAACUACAGUAGCAAAAAAAUAAAUAUGAAUAUGAAUGUCAUGCUUUUAAGGCAGAAAAAAAUAAUGAACUGUGAUAAAAUAAUUAGCUGGGAGAUUGAUGUCCAGUGAAAGUUGUGAUGUAAGUUGAGGUUUGAUGCUCUCUGCUCUGUUGCUCUCCUUAUCUGGUGUCUGUACAGACGCUGGCUGUAACUAAAUCCCUGUGUUUGGAUCAUCAGACAAACACACACAAACAUGCUCUCCCACGCUGAGCUCAAACUGCUAAUCACUCAGCCUCUCAAAUUGCAAUUUGCAAUUUUGUAGCAGAAUUAACUCGGACUUGUUUUUCAUGCCAUGAGUGCCUUAUAAAGGGAGUCAGGUGUCAACAUGCACACUGCGAGACAGUUUAAUUGAUUGUCUGCAGAUAGGAUAAAGUGAGAUUGCCAUUUGAAAAUAUUGACAAAGGUCAAAGGAGCCGUUCUGAGAUAAAUCCAGUGAAAGUAAGAUUAACUGUAAUGUUUUCAUUGUGAUUAGUAGUGCUGGAGGUAAAGGGCUGUUGCAGAACAACACUCAGAGUCUGCAGCUAUUCUAACAGCUUUGUGAGACUUUGCAUGAUCGCAGCUACAAUACAAACAUGUUCAUGUUGAGUAUAUGUAAUGUUUGAGAUAUUCACUAUUUUGCUAAUAUUUUCUAAAGUGCAAUGUACAACUGAGACUACUAAUGCCAUUUGUUUUUUCAGGACAAAUUGAAAUCUGAUUUUGUGACAGCAUUAAAUUGGUGGACCGUUUGACAUUGCUGCCAAGAGGGUUAAUAAUGUUUACUGUCAAUCCCAAUAUGUACUUAAAGAGCUCAUAUAUUAGCUUUUUGGGGUUUACCUUGUUACUCCACCAAGGAACGCGGCGGAGUUAUGUGACGAUCACCGUAUGUUUGUUUGUCUGUGUACAACAUUAUCCAACAACGGACUCAUGGAUUUGGAUGAAAUUUUCAGGGAAGGUCAGAAAUGACACAAGGAGCAAUUGAUUGGAUUUUGGCAGUGAUGUGGCUUAUAGUCUGGAUCCACGGAUUUGUUCAGGAUUUCCAAAUCAUUGGAAGAUUGUGGCACAGCGUCACUGUAACAAUGACAACAAGUAAACACUAUGUCAGCUGCCUGCUGACGAUCACAUGAUUGUGAUCCGACUACAAAUUGACCACUGCGGACUUAUUGGGACUUAUCCAUCGUAAAUGAUACGAGGACAGGAGCUAAAAGAGAAAGUGUGAGAGAAAAUGUGCUGCAGCAAUGUACAGUAUGAGAAAAAAAUGUGAUUUUUGAACCUUAAAGCAAGUGAACAUAUUCUAGUAGACCUCAAAAUUAACAAAUUAUAUACCUGUAAAUGUGCAUAACAUCAAUACGGAGUGCUUCACCACUACAUAUGAUAAUCUGCUUAUUAUUCUGGAUGCAUGUACAUAGAAGAAAACUGUAAUAAAUAUUAGUUUAAUCUAUGAAGUUGCCUUUUUGUGUUAAUAGGCAAGACAGCUCAUAAGUAGCUGUCAGGAAGAAUGUAGUGGAGUAGAACCCUUAUUUUGAAGAAAAUGGUAUUCUAAUACUUCUGUAAAAGUAUUUUCCACAGACAGAGCAGUUCUGUUUUUUCUUCUGUUUCUGUUGGCCAGCAUGACACCAUAAUUUUCUGUUUUUAGUUGUUGCAUGUCAUGACUGAGGGCCUUUGGCUUCUGACUAUCUGUGAGGGUAUGAGUGUAUUAGCAGUCGAACAUCUGUUUUUGUGAGGACCAAUAGGAGUUUUAGACCUUUAGAGUGAGGGCAUUUUGGCGGCCCUGAAUGAACCUUGGAUUAGGCUUGUGGUCAGGCAUUUAGCUGUGAUAGCUGAAGUUGGGGCCAAUGGUUACGCGAUGCAUGAUGUUAGAUGAGGGUCCUCACAAAGAUACAGCAUCUGAGCGUGUGAGAACAACUGUGCAUAUCCAGCAUGCCAAUGGAAGAACACUGCAUCACCAAGUUUCCGUUUUUGAAACCAUAACUAGACCGUUUUAACAGCUCUGCAACAUACAGCACAUUCCUUUAUACAUUUCUCAUAUCCUGCAAGAUUUGCGACAACACAGCUCUUCAUUUGCGGCCUUCAAAAAUCCGAUUUCAGUCUCGCCUUCAUCCCUCAUCCUCACUGUCAGCUUUCCCAUGGCUAUUAGAACAUGUCACAUCCUGAUAGAUACUCAAUGGAGCAGAGUGCGCACACAUGUAAACAGAUUGGAGCAUGUUGCGUCGAUGAAGCGCGCACCGGCCUGAGAUUAAGCACAUGCAGUUGCACAAGCAUUGAAGCAUAGGUGCGCGCAUGCACGACGCGCUGGUGCUCGUGCGCUCGCAGGGAGUGAUGAAUGCUCGCGCUGUUGAUCAAAGGAGCUGUGAUGUAAUCAGUCUCUGAGCUUUUGCACGCAUCCCUCAUUAACUUUCACCAGAGGCUUUAAUGAAAAACCACUGGAGGGAAUCUCCGCUUUCUCUCCUCUUCUCCCUCCUCAGCCUCUCUCCCUUUCUUUUUUCCUUCUCAUCUUCUCGUUCACUCCCUGCAGUUUCUGCUCGUCCUCCUCCUCAUUCAUCUUCCACACUGUGCCUCUGUCUCCCCCCUCCUCACCCUCCUCCUCACUCCCUUCUCCCUCUGCUCUAGUGGCUGGCUUGACUUCCGCUGAGACAGAGUAAAUAUUUCCCAUGGCUUAUCUGACCGCUGGCAGAAGGAAUAUGACACAAAGUACGAGGCCCUGCUAAUUAACACGCAGCCUCUGUUUUUGGGGUCAGAGGCCUCUGGUUGGGACAGUUCGGGGCUUUAAGUUUGACACCUCAAACACACCAACAUCCACUUUGUUACAGUCAGGUAUGACACAUGGUUGUGUGCCUGCCAUCACUGGAGACUCCACUAUUACUCACAUCUUGACUUGAUUUCCUCAGUUUUGGCCUUUUCUGGUAGAGGCUCUGUAAGGGAGGAAAAAAAAAGGAGGGACACAAUGAAAAGCAAAGGUUCCUCUCUCUCUUUCUUGCUCUUUCGCAAGCUGGCUCAUGUCCAGGUACAGUCCAGCCCCUCGGUAAUGAUGAAGGUGUGACGUGCACCAACUUUCCUGUUGCGCAAUCCUGAAAGAGGCUCUUGGGGGCUAUAAGACCCCCCAACCUCAUCUGGUUUCUCAGAGCCUCCAGUCUGUUUUCUCCACACACACAGACACACAGAAGUAUGACAUGGUUGCGGGUGUUCAGUGGUGCAGAUUGCUCUUAGAGGGGUCGAGGAGCAGUUGUCAAGACAUGGACUUUAGCCAAAAGAAGCAGUGAAAACCGCUUGACUGUUUGGACUGGACACUCAAUCACAUCAGCUGACCUUGGAUAACUGAAAGGAGGGAAACGUGUGACGCAUUAUGGCGAUCCCAAGUGACCGCUCCGUUUUCAACUCCACCUUCUCCCCUUUUUCAACGAUAGAGGUUUCUGUAAACACCACGGCCUAUACGAACGCCUCUGCUCCCAACUGCACAGACUGGCCUCCUGUACCUAUGACCACAGUGAUCCCCUCCAUCUACAGCGUUAUCUGUGUGCUGGGAAUCCUAGCCAAUACCUUGGCAGUGUGUGUGUUGGCCCAUGCCAGUGCCUCAAGGAGAACUGUUGCUAACACCUUCAUGCUGAACCUGUGUGUGUCCGACCUGUUGUUCCUGCUGUCUCUGCCGCUGUGGGCCGUCUACUACUCCCGGGGCUACAGCUGGCCCUUUGGCCGGGUGGCGUGCAAAAUCUGCGGAACUCUCCAUAACCUGAACCUCUACGCCUCCAUCUUCUUCAUCACAUGUAUGAGCAUGGACCGCUACCUGGCCAUCGUGCAUCCGCUCCACUCCCAAAGUGCACGAGACCCCAAACGUGCCCGGCUCACGUGCAUCCUUGUGUGGGUUCUGGCAUGUGCCUGCUCAGCCCCCACCUUGGCUUUGAGGGACACUCACUACUUGGAGGGUCUUGGUGUGGAGGUCUGCGCCAUUUUAUACCCCGAUGACUACUGGUAUAGGACGCUGACCUGGAUGAAGAUUGUUCUGGCGUUCCUGCUGCCGCUGCUUGUCAUCUCUUGUUGCUACUGUGCUAUUGGUAGACAUUUGUUAGCUGACACAGGGUUGGUAAGAAUGCAGAAACCAUCCCACCCCAUGCCCUCUGUUAAAUCACUGGAGUCCCAGGAGAGUCACAAUAAAGCAGACAGACCCCCGACCCCCUGUGUGAGUCCCAGCUACAGCGGGGCCAGACCCCAGCAGGGGAGGGGGCUGGAGAGGGUGCUGUGGACAGUAGCCGCAGUGGUCAUUGCAUUCUUCCUCUGCUGGUUCCCCUUUCACUGUGUGACCUUUAUAGACGUGCUGAAGAGCGAGGGCUGGCUGGAUAGCUGCUGGGUAACCUGGACCGUCAACAACCUCACGCCUCUCACCCUCUGCUUGGGCUUCACCAAUUCGGCCAUCAACCCCGUGCUCUACUGCUUCAUCGGGAAUCAUUUCCGGGGCCGACUCGGGGGCCUCUGUAAGGGCUUGAGUGCUUGUUUGAAGGCCCGUGGGGAGGAACACAGCCAGAAGAGAGGCUCCUUCAGCACCAGGCUGAGCUCCUUCUCUCGGAAACUCAGUGACCUCAAAGACCUGGCGAUUGUGGAGCCCUCUGGUCCCGCUUAGCAAGGCCCCCUACACCUCCCUGAAGAAUGAACAUCAAAUGACUGCUGAACUUCAAUAAGCACGCAUGUUAGAUGGAACUGUUACUAUAACUGACUGAGUCAAAUUCCUGCAGAGCUCAAUUCUGCUGUACAGACAGGAAAAGUAGCUACAGAGAAGAGAAAAAAAGGAGUUUAAAGAGGAUUUAAAGAAUCUAACAAACAGAUAAAUGUAAUGCUGUUUUUUUCAGACAGACUAUUUUACACCCUUGAUUUGGAUAAUCUUAAAGAAGUUAAGCAGCUGUUAUGUUAUUCACUGUCAGUGUUUUUUUUGGCCACAGCAGGCAGCGCAUUUGAGUGACAACACUCCAAAAAAGUCACUGUACACAUCUUCUCAGCAGGAAAACAGAUGACAGACACAGUUGGCAAACAGCUAGCGGAGGAAGUGGAGCAUUGAGUUGCUAAAGAACCAGAUAUAAAACUAAUAAAUGAACCUUUAAAAGAGUUAACACUGGAUUUACAUUCACUAGAUAAACACCGAAUGAUAAUGUUGCUCUCCACUGUAACUGCUGGAUGUGUGAGCAAGCAACAGUUUCCUAACAAGUUUUCUGACAUAUCGAUUCAAAAAGCAUCAAUACUUCAAUGUUUUAUUCACAACUUGUUUCUUCUCCUCCACAGAGGCAAAAAUAAAUAAAUGAAUAAAUAAAUAAAUAAAUAAAUAUAUAUGUAUUUUAGAAAAACUCUUACCGGUUACUGUACAAGGAAAGGCCUUUAACCUUCCGAGGAAGCUAAAACUGGGCUAAGCUAGAAAAAAUUUUGCUGCUAGCUAGCACUGUCUCCCUUUCAGUCAGAUUGAUUAAAAUGCUCCAUUAAUACAAAAUGAAAAGCCAGAUUACUAAAAUAUGCUCAAUAAUCAAAACAGACUUCUGGAAUUACAGAUAACUGGUUGUAAAUUUGGCUUCAGCUAAGGCUAGGGUUGCCACCUUUCAGAAAUGAAAAUAAAGGACGCCCACCACGGCUCCUUGGGGCCACAGUUCAGUAAAAUCGGAAAGAUAUUCACAGAUUCAGAAUUCCAGCAUCAAUACCUCAUUAUAAACGAUGCCUCUUUUCCAUCAUUGUAAGGUAGACAAUGUGCUACAAGCCUAGUUUUAUCAACAGUAGCUGUCUUUCAAGCUGCAGAAAUAACAUUGAUGUCAACAGGAGCCAGUUGAAGGCUGCAGUGAUUCUGGUGACACUACAGUGUAUCAGAGAGAAGCUAUUGAAUAUUUGUGUCUCUCUUUGCUGUUGCAGCAGUUUUGCAGUUUGCAGACGGUCCCUGUUCACUCCAUAGACAUCAAUGUUAUUCAUGCAGCUUGAAAGACAGCUACUGUUGAUAAAACUGGGCUUGUAGCACAUUGUCUACCUUACAACGAUGAGAAAGAGGCAUUGUUUAUGUUUUGACCAGUGUUGCCAACUCCUCAGUAAGGAAAGUAGCUAUUGGCUGUCCUAAAAGUCGCUAGAAGUCGCUAAAUGACCUCAUCGCCUAAUUUGCAUAAUUUACCGUUUGCAUGUAAUUGUAAUCAACGUUGUAGGAGAGACAAAAAGUGAGUUUAAAAUACCCAAAAUAUGUUUCUGAACUAGAGGCUAAAUGCAGUUACUUAUUUUAGUGUGACAGUGAAGAAACAUUUUCAUUUCCAUCCCGCUCUGUAAGCAGGACGGGAUCUGCAGAGACUUUGAUUCAUCUGCGGUCUGGACAUGGAGUGAUGUGGGUCUCCUUCCUCUAAUCAGACAGUGGGAUGCUGCAGGUCACUAGACUGACCCCCUGUGCUUUGGAAGGGGAGGAGCUCACAGCGCCACCUGCUGCUCAUUGAGGACAGUAACUGCAGAACGAUCCCAGCUUUCAUGUCAGACGGGCGGAUCCAGAUUAAUUUUAGUGGGGGGCACAGGGGGGUACAACAGAUAUUUGGGGGGGCUGUAAGAAAAAAUGAAAGCUGCUACCGUAUUUUUCAUGUUUUUUUUUUUUUUGGCUCUUUAACCCAAUAGGAAAGCUGUAUAUGACCUUUUCAUUUUUGGACUGUUAACAUUCAAAUUAUGAUGGACUUGUUUCCUUGUUUAUGUGAAUUACAGCAUCAUUAGCUGCAACAUCUGCCUGUUCUGUAAAACUGGUAGCUCAACGACAGCAUCCUGAGGGCAAUUAAGUGACAAAUAUUGUGCAAGAAUAGCAUUAUUACAACCCUGUCAAUUUCCACUUCUUAGAAUGUUUACUGCCAAUUAUCACACAUAAAACAAGAAAUAAUAUUCUGUACUAAUACUUCUGUACUACCCAAUACACAGUGAAUAAAUAUUAUCUGAAA